AUGCCACAAUUCAUGGAAUCAUCUCGAUGGCGAAGGAUGGGCUGGCUCCGUUUCUUGAUCUAUUUUUUGAUUUUAUUCUUAAUACUUCAUCUAUUUACAAAGUUCACAACAUUAUCAUCUAAUCAAGCAUCAUCACCAACACAACAACAGACGAAAACACCACCUCCCAUCAUAGCCAACGAUGUCACUCUAGACAGCAAUUAUCAAGAACUACGUUUCGAUUUUCCUUGGUACAAAACACCUCACCCAGCUUUAGACGCUUUGCAAAAUCCUCAACAUACUACCACUAAGCUUUCCGAAAAGAAACGUGAUGAGCUCACCAAGAAAAUGAUCGACAGAGCUUUAGAAGUAUUUAGAGUGAACAACAAAAAGAAAAUGAAAUUUGAAGGUAUUUUGGGAUCCGUUUUUAAAGAUCAGAAUUCAACACAAGCUUUUCGUGAUUUGGUCGAUUGUUGGACUACUGGUGAAUGGGUACGCUCAGAUAGCCACUUUAUUAUGCCUCACUUCCAAGAUGCUAUUUACGGCAAAUGCGAUAAGAGAUUCAGAAAAGAAGGCGGUCAAGAAGGAGAAUAUCGUGAUGCUGUCAAGUGGGUGUGGAAAUCCAAGUGUGAUGUUCAAAUGCCAUUUCAACGCGAACGAUUAUGUGAUGUUUUGCGCGGAAGACAUAUAUUGCUGGUAGGUGAUUUGGUACAUUAUCAAAUGCAUGAGGUGCUUUUGGAUAGUAUGCGUAAUGGUCCCACAGUUUGUUUCGGUGAAUUGAAUUGUAAAGAUCACACACUUUGUGAAGCAGAGCCCAAAGUCAAUAUGCGUUACUUACGUAACGAUCUUUUAUCCGUUCGCCAAAAGAUGUAUCAAAAUCAUGGUCAUCCAAAAGCCGACGUUAUUGAAUGGCCUUUUACUCAAACCACUAUUCUAAGAACUUACCCUAUUGUUAUUCUCAGCCGUGGCCUUGUGCACGAGAGUGAUGAAGCCUUUAUUGAUGGCCUUGUUGAUGCCAUUCAAACCAUUCGUAAACAAUACCCUAAAACACUUGUCAUUUACCGUUCAACCAGUAUUGGCCAUCCUUAUUGCGACGAUGCUACAGGUCCCCUCAAAAAACCUCUCUCUGAUAAAGAACUGAAACGAUUACCUUUUGGUUGGAGUGAGCUCAAACGUCGAAAUCAAAUUGCUCGUGCUAUCGUCGAAGCAGCCGGUGGUUUAUUUGUAGAUCUAGCAGCUUUGGAAGAUCUCAGACCAGAUGGUCACAUUGGUGGUAAUGAUUGCUUGAGAUAUUGUAUACCUGGUCCUCUGGAUAGUGAGAUUCAAAUUCUAUAUCAAAUCUUUUUGGGUUUGGAAGGUAAAAUCCCCUUGAAACAGUAA